GCAUCUAUAAAUAGCUACUGUAUGUCAGCUAGAUGCCAAUCUUUUUGUAGAGGGUCAGUCCCCAGUUUGUCUUGGUACUAGGCAUCAUGCAAACCCUAGAAGAAGCAUAGAAACUUCCCAAGACUGGAUAGGUCAUCCCCAUUCAUAACAAAUUCCAUAAACCCUGCUCAAGGCAUCAAGAUCACUUUUUUCCCGAACAAUAAGUAAGAAAAGUUUUGCUGAUCACAGCAAUGCUGUCACAUUCUGACAUGGUCAAAGAGAGAAAGCAGCAAGCAUCAGCCAUCAUGAAGGAGAUCCAGCGAAAUGAAUCCCCUCAAAUAGAUCUUGGAAAAAAGGUUAGCAUCCCCAGAGAUAUCAUGCUGGAAGAACUGUCAGUACUCAGUAAUCGAGGAGCAAGGCUAUUCAAAAUGCGGCAAAGGAGAUCUGACAAGUACACAUAUGAAAAUCUUCAUUUUUUAUCUAGCAAACCAAGAAAUCACAGAGACAUCAUACAGUGUGUCCAGCUGGAUGCUCAUGGCAUGGAUCCUAGCCACCUAUAUGCACCAAUGACACCUCCUAAUACACCUGAUCCAAGGGGUCCACCCAAUCCUGAAACUAUUGCCCCAGGUUACUCUGGACCUUUGAAGAUAAUUCCUCCUGAGAAGUUCAACACUACAUCUGUGCCAAAAUACUAUCAAUCACCUUGGAUUGAAGCCAUCAGUAACGACCCUGAGCUGCUGGAAGCUUUGUAUCCUAAACUGUUUAAGCCAGAAGCAAUACCAGAACUACCUAACUUUAAGAGCUUUAACAGAGUUGCCACUCCUUUUGGUGGUUUUGAAAGAGCAUCAAAACUUAUCAAGUACAAAGUCCCAGAUUUUAAUUUUCUGCUGCUAAAUGAUCCACGAUUUAUGGUCCUUGCCAAUCCACUUUCUACCAGGAGGUCAUUCAACAGGACUCCUAAAGGUUGGAUCUCUGAGAAUAUUCCCAUAAUGAUAACUAUACAGCCUGCAGAAGUCAAUGGUGUUCCAGAAACAGAUGAUUUGUGAAAAGUAAGUGCAUCACACAUCAGAUUCAGCCUGAUAGUGUAUUAAUCUUUUAAUAUUCUUACAUCUGUUCCAACAUCCAAUGUUAUGUUUUUGAAAUGUAAUAUGAUCUGAUGAUGUAGUUGUAUUCUGGGAUUAACUAAUAUUGUUAUUCAGAUCUAAUACAAAUAAAACAAUAUGGCCAAUACAUUUUAAAAAAACCCUACAUUUGACUCUUUCAUUCAACCUUUACAUAUUAAAUACAGUCUGGAUUGAGUUCACACUGGUUAAUUUUUAUAUUAAGAGGUCAAAUGAUAAUCAAAAUUACAAUAUUACUGGUUUAACUAUCAAUUCUGGUUUGAUUAGACUUGCUUACUGAGAUAUAGAGGCAAAAGUUUAGACACUCUUGGUUAAACUAUGUAUUUCAAUGAACCCCUAGCUGACCCAACCUCUACCUGGUAUAGAAUUAAAUAUGACAUCAUUUUGUGAAUCUGAAUGCAUA